AGCCAAUCAAAUUGCAAAGAAAUAUUUUAAAAAAAUGAAAAUGAAAAUAUGGUUGAGAACCUAAUCGUGGCCAACUUCCAUGGAAAGAGAAUCAAAAUCACAAUUAGUUUUCUGUUUGAAGUUUCAAAGAAAGAAAACCCACCUACUAACGCUACAACAUUUUCAUUCCAAAAUCCCAAAACAAUAUUCAAUCAAUGGACGAGGUUAUCACGGCCGCUGAUGCCUCAUCAAGUUUCCGAUCCAGUACUUAUCAGCCCACCACCAUCCCCUCAAACCUUCCUCUCCUCUCUGCUUUCCUUGCCUUCGCUCUUGCCCAGUUUCUGAAGCUCUUCACUACCUGGUACAAGGAGAAGAGAUGGGAUUCGAGAAGGAUGCUCGGGUCUGGAGGAAUGCCAUCGUCGCAUUCAGCUACUGUGACAUCACUUGCAGUUACAAUUGGUUUACAUGAAGGAACUGGAGGACCAGCAUUUGCCAUCGCUGUGGUUUUGGCAUGUGUUGUAAUGUAUGAUGCUUCUGGUGUAAGACUCCAUGCUGGCCAGCAAGCCGAAUUAUUAAACCAGAUAGUAUGCGAGCUACCUCCAGAACAUCCUGUCUCUAAUGUUAGACCCUUACGAGAUUCACUCGGCCAUACACCUCUCCAGGUUAUUGCAGGUGCUAUUUUGGGAUGUGUGGUAGCUUUGCUCAUGCAAUAGGAUAGGGCUACCUUCUCAUCUUACCAACAAUGGAUAAUACUACCAAUGAAGAAUUGAAAAAAGAAAAUUUGUUGUGAACAAACCAAACUCUGAAAAAAGAAGAAAACAAAAAUGUGUAGAAGUUUGUGUUAAUUUCUUUGAUGUACUAAAUUAAUGUAUAAAUGUUUCCCCGCAAUUGACA